AUGACCCGAAAGAUUCGGGCCAACACCGGGCCCGCCUCCACCCAACCUACAAGAAAGAUCCGUAUAAUCUUCAACGACCCAUACGCCACCGACUCGUCUGACGACGAAAACGAGAAAAAGGUCAAACGGGUGGUCCACGAGAUCUCCUUCCCGAAAACGGAGAACCCUCCUAAGCGACCCACGAGAAAUGCCGACAAAAAAAUCGACGUUAUGCCCUCAUGCAAGCUCCGUGGGGUCCGCAUGCGCAAGUGGGGCAAGUUUGCGGCCGAGAUCCGCGAUCCGAUCCAGCACAAGAGAAUCUGGCUCGGCACGUACGACACGGCCGAGGAGGCCUCCCGGGCCUAUGAGCUCAAGCGGGUCGAGUUUGAGGCCCUGACCCGCUCGGCCACGGUCGCCAUGCGCAAUGAGAAAACGAAGCAAAAGGAAACCCUCCACGUGUCGGAGGACUCGGGUGGGAGCAAUGUGUCGGUUGUUACCCGACCCUCGACUUCGUCCGUUUUGGAAUCGAUUUCCAUGACUUUGACUUUGGGCGAUAAUCACGUCGAAUUCGAAAACGGAACGAACGAUAAUAAGAAUAAUGUUAUCAAAAAUAAUAAUGAUGAUGAUGAUAAUAAUAAUGCGAUCGAUGUAUUUGAGAAUGAGGAGGGCAAAUUGGUCAUUGGGCAGAAGCCGGAGAAUUGGGGGGUGAUUGACGACGAUUUGGCGGAGAUGGCGUGGAUGGGAGGAAGAAUGGACUCGUUUGUCGGGCUCGAUGCUCUGUUGCCGGUAGAUGAUUUUGAGACGGUUGUGCAAAAGCCAGACGAGAUCAACAUUGCGGACCUCCCGAUAAGUGACGUCGAGUGGGUGGGCUACUCGAGCGGCUUGCCGAAUUACGACUCGUUUUUCGACUUUGAGUCAUGGGAGUGA